AUGCCAGAAGGCUUCAAGAUAGACCAUUCAAAGCCACUCAACGGAACAAUGGCCGCAUAUGCUGAACAAGUUCUGAUAUGCACGGGGAAGCCAGAUUGGCCUUCUCGUAUUGAGGAAGAAAAUUCCGGGGAUAAUCUCGCUGCGGACAUUAAGGAGUUGAUGGGCCGCGGCGGGAUGUAUAGUGAUCCUUACAACAACGUUUCUAUUACAAAUUCAUCUUUUCCUUCUACCGUUGCCUCACAUCGACCCGAAAUUAUAACGACUUCUGCCUAUAUAGUCCCAUCCUUCAAAUAUAUACCUUUCCUCCCGCGAGUAUCAUUUGAUUCUGUACAAGCUCUGGUGAAAGGAUAUUUACUUCCUACAAAACUACACCCCGCACACGAUAAUCUAUCUCCGAUACACAAAGACCGCUUGUUGCGAAGUAAAGAACAGGCAGAUUUCCUACCCGCCGUGAAAGACGUGAAAGAUAUAUUAGUGUUGAUCUGCGGACACGGAGGACGAGAUGUGAGAUGUGGAAUUUUAGCUCCAAUCUUGCAAGCUGAAUUUGAAAGAGUCCUAUCAGCGAAAGAUGUACAGGUCUUGCACGGUGCGGUGGAAGUAGGUGACGGGAGCUCUACAGAACGAUUAGAAGGACCAAUCGAACCAAUUGGAAAUACUGCAAGGAUCGGGUCUAUAAGUCAUAUUGGAGGACACAAGUUUGCUGGGAACGUUAUAUUAUAUAUUCCGCCUCAUACAAAGACGAAAGACGGUGAAGCUCAUCCGUUAGCCGGGUGUGGAAUCUGGUAUGGGAGAGUGGAACCUAAACACGUAGAAGGGAUUGUGCAGGCAACAUUACUAGAAGGAAAGGUCGUUGAAGAGUUGUUCCGCGGUGGUAUUAAACAAGGUGGUGAAAUCUUGAGGAUAUAA